CUUCUAGCAGUUGAGCUGUGAACACCAAGGGAGGAGACACCUAGCCUUUUUAGUGGGACAUUAGACCCUGUGGGGGGGAAAAAAUGCAAAUGUUCCAUAGAACUCGUUUCUUUGGACAUAACUUCAUCAUUUGAUCAUCAGUCUGACCCCACCAUUGUAUCUCCUCCAAUAGCAGUAGAAGUGCAUGGUGAGCAAGCCCUCAGUGCCCCUUUUGGCAUUGCAGCAUGUUACUCAUGCCUUUAGGUACCUGGAUUAAUCCUUGAAUGCAUUUCUCCCCUUCCAGUUGUAAAUUGGGGGAGUCCAUCACACAGUUCAGCAAAGCCAUCUUAGAUAAAUUGAAAUACUUCUUCAAAGAUCUCAAGAACAAGCUCCGGGAAAAAGGCAGAAACACAGAGCCAGUAAACGUUAUUCAGAGGCAUCAAAUGGAAGCUGUCCAGGCUUUGCUGUGUAACUUUCUCCUGGAUCAGAUGGAGUACAUCAAUAAAAGGCAGCGCGGUAUAUCCCGUGUCCUGACACCAGAAAUACAGGCUAGCAUGAAACAGGCAUAUGCAGCUUGUAGCCAACUGAAUGGUCCUGGCUGUUUCCAGAGAAUGAAAGAUCUUAUGCAACGGCAUGUCCGCAAUCAGAAGGAGACCAUGUUUAACUGUGUCACUGAUAAAUUACGGCACCAGCUUGACCUGCUCCAGGUGUACAUCGGUGGUAGUUUUGAGUGCUUAGUUCAGGAACUGACUAAAUCCUUGAAACUGCAGUUUGAACCAAUGCUGAAGCCUGUCCAGAAAAAUGAUGGAAUUAUUCCAGAUUUUGUGAACAUCUGUGCCAAAGUCAGCAAGAUUUGUAAAAUAUCUCGUGUAGAUUAUGUUCUUCCCAACCUCAACCAGACAGAAAGCUGUUCUGUACCUGCUUUUCCUGGGAAAGAGCUGCCAUUAAAGAGGGAGCUGCAGGAAGGCUUGGAUCCCCCAGACUUCUUGGGAAAGUGCAAUAUCAUCCGCAUUGGGACCAUGUCACUCUCUCACAUUAAUCCCAUUCAGAUAUCUGUGCAAGAAGUCACGGUCACUAUGGCAGAUAAUACCACCAUGACUCUUCCGUUCAGCAGUGUGUAUCUCUGUGAAUGUUGCUUCCAUCUGUAUUAUUUGAUCCUUCAUCUCUCUCCUGAGUUUGCCAAGAACAUUUACUCCAGAUUGGGAGCCCAGGCAUCCAACCCAAGUAACCAGGAGGCUCUCAUUAUCCUGGACAAGCCCCAGGACCCAUCAUCUUUCCAUAGCUUGAUAGAAUUCAUUUCGGCAAGACAUGGGGGCAUACCUUGGUUCCGGGAACUAAAUCUGCAGCAGGGAAGAGAGAAACUGGAAUCUCUGGGGGUGUACUACACUGCCAAAGACUUAAAAUGUGAUGACGAAGAAAAGACUCUUGAGGUCCCACCUUCCAGUUUGCCAUCAGAUAAACCAACCUUUUUCACCAUUGCACAGCAGCCCCUGCUCCCUGGCAUGAAGUUAUAUCCAUAUGGCAGGAAGAGAGGAGGAGGAGAGAUCCAGUCACAGUUGGAGAAGAAGCACAAAGGCAAAACCAUAGAACAAAGCCCAGAAGUGGAGCCUGCUGGGUUCCAUCUACCAAGCCAACACAUUCCUGGCAGACUGGUCUCAGCCAGAAAGUCCAUGACGAGUCACCCACAGAAUGCAAGCGGAGAGUGUGCACCUGCAUUUUACGACUGGAAUACAACCUCCAUUCCAGGAACAUCUGUGUCUGAGGCACCACCCAGCUCUCAUGUAACUGUGAAGGAUGAAAGAGAUCUGUUUACCAUUCCAAGUGCAGCAGGUAUCCUCCAUGUCCGAGCCAAGGAGGGCGUUUGGGGAAAGUGGCGAAGUCCAAAUGCUCAGGAAGACAACAGUUCUGAUGUGGAUAAAAUAGAGACCAAUGGAAACACGCACACAGCAAAAGAUUCAUGGAGCUCACACUAGUUUGUUAUAAUACAAAGACUGUUACCUGACUUAUAUACACGCAAUAUAUGAAAUAUAUUGUCACUAGCAAAAGGCUGUAGAAAUAGACUCCUUCCAGCUGAAAAACUUCUGAAACUGAUUGUCAAGUAAUCUUACACUGAUAAUUUAAUACGAUUUACUGAGUGAAUUCUGAGCACUGUCUCCGAAGUAGCCUGCUGCAUCAGUGCCUCUUUUCAGAAUGGAAGAGUUUGCAUACAACAGAAGAGCUGAAGUAUCCAUUUGGACAAUAGUUGGCUGUUUCUUGAAAGAGAAAUUAAGUGAGUCAGCUGCAUGCAGAGACGCUAUACAUGGGACUCCCCCUUUGCUAAGACACUUGACCCUAGAAUGUAGCCAACAACUCUUUGCCAGUGAAAGCCAUAUUGGUAAAGAAAAACUUAAGAGUAACAGGCAAAGACUCAUCCAAAAUGCAUAGAGUCAAAUGCUAAGACACUGUAGCCUACAUAUUAAUCCAAAGCAAUAGAUCGUCGACCCACUGAUUUUUGGAGAGGAAAACAGAUUGUGAUUUGAUCAACAGAAAACUUCUGCAAUAAUAAAGAACAACUUCUUGUUGUUCCCUGUAAAUUGAGGGGAUGGAUGGUGUCCCAGGAGGUAGGAUGGUGCGGGAGAAUCAGUUUAUCCUGCCUGUAGUGGGGCUUUUCAAAUACAGACAGAUUGUGCUUGAAGUUCAGCAGAAGUGGAAAGGAAGUAGGAAAGUUCUAACCUGAAAAGAUAAUAUUUUGUUUACUUAGGGGAUUACGCUAAUCUACAUUAAAAUCUCUCCCUGGCCUUCUGGUGAGGUGUAACCGAAA